AUGGACAUGACAAAUAGGAGCAGAGCUGAUCUUGCUCUCCCAAGCCCACAAGAAUCCUCCAGUGUGCCUGAAUCUGAACUCACCGGAUUAUCUCCCCGUGAUAAUGCCUCACAGAGGAAGUCAGCCUCAUCCCCGCCACAACAUACAUGGCUGACAUUUUUGAAAAAAGAGCUGGAAUUCCUUGGGGCCACACAAAUUCUAACUGGUUUGAUAUGCCUUUGUUUUGGAACAAUUGUCUGCUCUGUAAUCAAUAUUUCAGACUUGGAGGUUGACAUUUUUUCAUCGUUUAAAGCAGGUUAUCCAUUCUGGGGAGCCAUGUUUUUUUCUAUAUCUGGAUUUUUGUCAAUUAUAUCUGAAAAUAAAAAUGCGAUAUAUCUGACAAGAGGACGCCUGGGGGCAAACACUGUCAGCAGUAUAGCUGGGGGAACAGGAAUCGUCAUCCUGAUCAUUAACCUAAAGAAGAGCUCGGCUUAUAUCGACAUUUGCCAGACAUCUUCUGAGAUUGAUGGCUGCUUUUUGGCUUCUUUUUCCACUGAAAUUGUGGUGAUGAUACUAUUCCUCACCAUUCUGGGGUUUUGCAGUGCGGUGUCACUCACAAUCUAUGGAGUUGGAGAAGAACUCAAGGAAAAUAAGGUUCCAGAUGAUCGUCUUUAUGAAGAAUUAAAUAUAUAUUCAACAAUUUACAGUGAGUUGGAAGAAAGAGAAGAAAUGUCUCCUCCCACUGAAUUAUAA